UUUGGCAUUUCCUCUGAGCUCAUACACACACACACACACACACACACUCAAGCAGCUGCUCUCCCAUUUCACGCAGCGCUCGGUAUACGAGAGAGGGGGAUUUUCAAACAUUCUGAAUGAGUGGACUCACAGUGUUCGACAAACAAAUCACCAUCGUGUAAACUUUGCCUCUGAGGCUAGAGGAGUUUUUCGAGAGUUUUGAACAGUAAGGAGAACUCGAGACAGUGCUGAACAUCUGGGAGACUGACUCAGCAUGGGCUAACCACCCCCGUCCCCGUCCCCGUCCCCAUCCCAUGCCUGCGAGAGUGCCGAGGCCCUGGACUGGAACAGGAGGAUGAGUGUGUACAAGCUAAACCUCAGGGUGUUCUGGCUUCUGGUCUCUUGUGUCCUCGGCGUCCUGCUGCUGCUUCAUCAUUUUGUCCUGCGAGGAUCUGAAGAACGACCUGAUGGCUGCUCUGAUCAGGGAACCGGAUCCAUCCCGCUCAUCAAGUAUGUUUUCGCCUUUGCACUAUGUUAUUUCUUCAUCAGGUACUGCUCAUCUCAGCCUGGAACUUCUAAACGAGGUUUGCAUGCCGUUGCUGGAAAACCUACGGGUCCUAAAAGGGAGUUGUUGGAGGAACACUUUGAGAGACAUGUCCGCCUUUCUCCACACGUUCUCGGCCACAGCAAGGCUCACGUGGCCAAGCUGGUGAGCGAGCUGGUGCGAGUCGGACGGGCUGAUGUACUUCCAGAGUCCUCUCUGGCAUUUCGUGGGGACUUUGUUCAGAUUGGGAGCUCGUACGAGGAGCACAAAGUGGGCUCGCCGGAUUGUUUUGAUAUCCUGGUCCCACUCCGGCUUCCCCGAGGGCUCAAAGUGGAGCCUUGCCGUUAUGGUAACAACUGUGGUGGUGCACCACUGGUCACUCUGGAGACGCCACGUAAGGAGGAAUGGCCACGGCGCCAUAAAGUCUUCACGGAUGCCUACCUGCGUUCAAUUGGUUCACCAGGAGUCUACAGGUUGAGUCCGGAGUCAGUGAUGCGCUGGUUUUACUGCGCGUCCCAGCGCUGCCUGUCAACCAUACGAUACCCGUUUGAGCAGCGCUGCUUACUCAGCCUUUCUCUCAGUGAAGGACAGCGCGUACAGCUUCACCUCACACCACGAUCUGACUACGUCUGCUGCCACAUCUCCAUGGGCGUUCGGCUCAUCCCAGCGCUUCCUCUGGGCGAUUCCGCUUUUUUGGUCACAUCCCCCGGAGCUCAGCAUUCGGAAGACCUUUGGACAGUCUACUUCCCAAAGCAGGAGCAGAAGCUUCUCGGAUGGUUGAAAGCUAAACUCCCUGCCAGCUCCUGCCACCUCAAGUGCCUUCAGCUGCUCAAGGAAGUGCGGGACCUCGGCGGGCAGACGUUUGACCAAAAAGCCAGAGCCGAAUGGAAAGGUGUGCUUUCGUCCUAUGCUCUGAAAACUGCCUGGCUUCGUCUCCUGCUCAGCACACCUUCUGGGGCCUGGGAAGAUCGCCACCUCAUGGACAGGAUGGAAGACCUGCUGCGUUUUCUAAGAGACGGCCUACAAACCAGGAGUCUCCGCCAUCUCCUCCUUGGCGGUGACAAUGGGCUUCUACCUGAAUCAGUCACUUUGCCGAAGAUUGUUAAGGAAACUGUGCCGUCCAACCUGUGGGCUGAAUUCAGCGCAGAAACUCUGGACCUGGUUGCUGCUCGGCUGUCGUACUCCUGGGCUCAUCUGCCUCGUUUAAUCCGUCUCGGGCGUCCCCAGAGGAUGACUCUGGGACGAGGGGUCCACUGUAAGCACAUUGACGCUGAAUAGAUGCUUUAUUACCAAACAGGGUCUCAGGUGUAAACGUCUUUUAAUCUCUUUUAUCUGGAGUCUUGGAGUAUCGGGGUGGUUUUCUAAAACAAGCUCCAUCAUGUGUCAAAGGAAGAUAAGAGCAAGGGUUAUGUUUAUUUUCAAGCAGUAUUUUGAAAUGCAGUUUUUAUUUGUUGGUGUUAGUAUUGUAUAGUACGCUGGUACAAAUCCUUCUUGAUGUUGGUACUGAGGAGGUUCUGAAUCUCGGAGGUCAUCGAAGACGAAAAGUUUGGAGCAGCUCCAAGAGACACUUUGCUGUUUUGCAUUCAGGUCAUAGGCUAAAGAUUGCUAAAAAUAAUUCUCAGUAGUGUGUGUGUGUGUGUGUGUGUGUGUGUGUGUGUGUGUGUGUGUGCACGCUCUC